AACUGACUUCCCGGCCUGACGACAUACUUAACAACAUUAAUAGUGCAUUAAAUUGCAUAGCAUGCUUCGGUCUAAAUGUUUCCAAUGGCUAUGCAUUUUGUGCAUCUGCAUCUCAAGCCUACGCUGCCCUGGGACUUGGAAGACAGUCUAAAGGGCAAUUCAGCUUCAAUGAAUCUGGCCGGUGGUUGGUAUCUACCAGGGGUUCUUCACAACAUAGGCAGACUCCAUGAUUUUUCCACUGAAGUUUUGGAACGAGGUAAGGGCACUUUACAGUUCAGAGGACCUUGGGAGAUAUUUGAAGGCUUGGGAGAUGGUAUUUUCAAUUCUGACGGAGACUUGUGGAAAACCCAACAGAAAGCUCUCCACUCAUUGAUAAAAAAAACUAAGUUCGAAUUGGCGGUGCAGAGAAUUCUCACUCAGAAACUCGAAAGAGGUUUGAUCCCAAUUCUUGAAAGCUGCUCCGUGCUCGACAUGCAAGAUGUGUUCCACCGCCUCACGUUCGAUAUCAUUUGCCUUUUGGUUUUUGGAUUUGACCCAAAUUGUAUUUCCAUUGAAUUCCCUAGUGUUUCAUGUGAGAAGGCAUAUGAUGUCAUGGAGGAAGCUGCUCUGCAUCAUCACUUUGUUCCAACUGGUUUUUGGAAGCUGCAGAGAUUGCUCCAAGUGGGAGAAGAGAACAAGUUAGGAAGAGCUUGGGAAACCUUUGAUAAGUUCUUAUAUGAGCAGAUUUUGCUGAAUGAUGAAAAGUUAAGCACAAAAAAUGCAGAGAAGGAAGAAGAAUUUGACUUACUAACAGCUUUCAUGUUCGGAGAAUCUGGGGAAAAAUCCCGGAAAAAAUCCAACAGGUUUUUGAGAGACACUGCAUUUAGCCUCUUGGCAGCAGGGAGAGACACAGUGGCUUCAGCUUUAGUUUGGCUCCUCUGGCUUGUUGCUACACAUAUCCAUCUGUUGAAGAGAAGAUCUUAGAAGAGAUCAAAGUGAAUAAUAUGCAGGCCAAUGAAGAUAGUAAGUGGAAGACUUACAGUGUAAAAGAGAUGAGCAAGCUAGUUUAUCUCCAUGGAGCUGUUUCCGAGGCCUUAAGGUUGUAUACACCAGUAGCAUUUGAGCACAGAGCAUCAGUUCAGCUAGCCAUUCUUCCAACUGGUCAUCCUGUUGGUAGAAACACCAAGAUAAUUCUCUCUCUGUACUCAAUGGGAAGGUUUAAAGAAAUAUGGGGUGAAGAUUACUUGGAGUUCAAACCCCAAAGGUGGAUUUCAGAGCAAGGAAGAAUUGCGCACAUGCCAUCUUACCAGUUCGUGCCUUUUCUUACAGGACCCAGGACCUGUUUGGGCAAAGACACAGCUUUCUAACAAAUAAAAACUCUUGCUCUGGCUGUUAUCCAGAAUUAUCAUGAUAAGGUUCUGGAAAUCCUGUGACUCCAAGUCCUUCCAUUGAACUCAAAAUGAAGCAUGGUGUGCUUGUUAGUGUGAGCAAAAGGCACGCUAAGGAAGAAAAAUCCUGGUGACCAGACAUACACGCCUACCCUUGGAGUUUGUCAUGCUAGAGGCAUAUACUCCCAUUGCGAGUUGUGGCAAAAAUAAUGUCGACGUCCGAAUUAAUUGUUCGGAAUAGGUUUUAAGAUUUAUGUAUCUUUCUUUUACAUUCCUUGUUUUAAUGUGCCAACCAUGUAGUAUUAUAAUAAAUUAAAAUAAAAAUU